AUGAUCUCCGACGCCGCCCAAGAGAGCGGCAACCAGAUCAUUGCCGCCAGCCAUUCUGAAGUCCUGCUAACGGAGGCCGCCGACCGCGAUAUGGUCAUCGCAUUUGUUGGUAAACCUCACAGGAUGGAUGACCGGGGCAGCCAGGUACUGAAGUCCCUACGAGACAUAGGGUUCGACCAGUAUUAUCAAGCCGAGCAAACCGGAUGGGUGCUAUACCUUGAGGGUUCCACUGACUUAGCAAUCAUGAAGACCUUUGCCCGCCGACUUGGCCACGAACGGGCACUCAAGGCAUUGGAACGACCAUUCGUUAGCUAUGUGGAAAAUCAGCCCAGCAGGGCCCGGAAUCACUACUUCGGACUUAGGGAGGCAAUUCCAGAGCUGAAGGGUCUUGCGCUCUUCGAUCGCCUGGAAAUGACUACGGACGGUGGAGGGGCUCUGGAAAUCCACACAUGGCAACGACGUGAGAUCGAAAACUACUUUUGUACCCGAUCUAUGCUGGAGGCCUACGCCCAAGCGUCUGCCGAGGCUGACUCUCAAGGCCCGCUGUUCGCCGUAGGGGAGAAGCCAAGACGAAUUCAGGCAAUGAGUGAUUCCAUCACGGAAAUUGAGGGGGCCAUGUUCACUCUCGGGCAAGGGUCCCCUUGGGAUGCGGAGGUUAAAGUCAGCGAUAUUUUCCUGACUCCAUUAUUUCGUAAUUAUUUCAAAAAACUGGAUCUACCUAACCUAAUGAACAAAAAGGAUUUCUACGAACUGGCCAAUUACAUUCCAGCACAGGAAAUCUCUCCAGAGAUUUCCGGCAACACCCACAUCGGGGACUCCGGGAUUACUCGCCCCGCUGAACCCAAUCCUUUCCCUGACGGAGAUGACCCUGUGGCCACCACCAACGCAGCGACAGCGCCAGUUGAAAUCGGAAAGCCCGCCAAGACCAAGCAUCGCAGCGCCGAGAUCACCCACGACCCGCAGCGCGCGCCGGCCCGCGCCAUGCUGAUGGCCAUGGGCAUCACCCACGAGGACAUGGAAAAGCCCUUCGUCGCCAUCGCCAAUCUGGCCAGCGACGUCACUCCCUGCAACGCACCUGGGCCCGUUUCGGCCAACGGAGCCAAGAGGGUCGACGGCAUCUCCAUGGGCACCGAGGGCAUGAAGGCCUCGCUGGUCAGCCGCGAGGUCAUCGCCGACUCCAUCGAGCUGGUCACCUUCGGCGAACGCGAUGGACGGCCUGAUCACCAUCGCCGGAUGCGAUAA